GAAUCCUUAAUGCCGCCUUCAUUUGAAGCUUCUCCCCCAGAUACGAUACGAGAGAUAACACACGGCACCGGGUAGAAGAACGAGCCGAACCCAAACACCUCCCUCUCCUCUCCUCUCCUCCUCCACGACGGCUCUUAACCCCAUCCUCCCGCCCCGGACCCGAGAGGAAACAAGCCAGGCCAUGGGCGACACCACCGCGGCCGCGCCCGCGCCACCGAGGAAGUUCGGCAGGAUCUGCGUCUUCUGCGGCAGCAACUCCGGCAAUCGCGCGGUGUUCGGCGACGCGGCGCUCGAGCUCGGCCAGGGGCUGGUGACGAGGGGGGUCGAUCUGGUCUAUGGCGGCGGCAGCAUCGGCUUGAUGGGCCUGAUCGCCCAGACGGUUCUGGAUGGCGGCUGCCGCGUCCUCGGGGUGAUUCCAAGAGCACUCAUGCCCCUUGAGAUAUCUGGUGCAAGUGUUGGAGAAGUAAAGAUAGUCUCUGACAUGCAUGAGAGGAAAGCUGAGAUGGCGCGACAAGCCGAUGCGUUCAUUGCUCUCCCGGGAGGGUAUGGAACAAUGGAGGAGUUGUUAGAGAUGAUCACAUGGUCGCAGCUCGGAAUCCAUGACAAACCAGUUGGCUUGCUAAACGUCGACGGGUACUAUGAUCCGUUACUCGCGCUGUUCGACAAGGGCGCGGCAGAAGGUUUUAUUAAGGCCGAUUGCAGGCAGAUAAUCGUGUCGGCGCCAACUGCCCACGAACUGCUGACGAAAAUGGAGCAAUACACCCGUUCACACCGGGAGGUGGCGUCGCGGACGAGCUGGGAGAUGACCGAGCUGGGCUACGGGAAAGCUGCGCCGGAGCCAGAGGAGGAGGCAUCGUGCUGAUGUGUGGCAGGCGUCGUCGUCCCUGGUUGCUCAACUGGCCACUGGGAUUGCAAUUGCAAUAAUCGUAGUGUGUUGUGGUUUUCCGUUGUUGGUUGCCUUUCAUGUAACCCUGUACGUUGGACUGCGACUUGGUCUGGCGAAGAAGCCUAAGAUUGUGUAUCGGAAUGAA